CUUCAGCAUGUGGAGCAUCAAGAUGUUUGGAAAACUGCUGAGAGCAAUGCUUGUUGUGCUCGCAUUUGCGAGAUGUGGCGGCGCAGCAAAGACAUACACAUUCACCAGAGUGCAUGGCGCGAUAAAAAUUCCAUAUGUGGAAAUGUCAAGCAGAUCUGCAAAGGGAGUGUUAGAAUGUGCUGCACUUUGCAGUGAUGCGUGUUGGUAUCUGAAGUAUGAGGACAACGGAUCGGGCUCAGGCACAUGUGACCUGUACAUCCUGAGGGACAGGUUUUACAACAACAAGUUGGAAUUCGCGAACAUUUCAAAUCUGUACAAAAAGGUCUAUCCCCCCGCCUAUAUUUUUGAACUAAACCGGGGACCCAAAACAUGGACAGACGCCAGAGACUUCUGUCAGAGUCGGGGAGGCGACUUGGCCAUCGCCGACACCAAUGACAAGAUGGAUAGAAUGCGCAACCUGGCCACUUAUGAAACAUUCUGGGUGGGAUGCCAGAAAAACGGGACGACCUGGAAAUGGCUAUCCGGAGCGGUUCUGACGCGCGCUCCUGUGGAAAAUAACAAAGGAACGUGUCUUCAGCUGUAUAGCAAAUAUUUUGAUGAUGGCGGAUGCAGUUAUAUGUGUGGUUUUGUUUGUGAAUAUCAGCCUUAAAGACGAGUUUCAAAUGUUUUCGUCUGAACAGCACGCAUUUGAAUUCUUGUAAUGAACAGUCUCAAAAUAAGCUAACUAUUGCUGGUGUAUAGUUAUUUUGAAAUACAUAUCUUCAUAGAACGAUCUAAUAUGUUGAGUUAUUUAAAAUUCCCUUUUUAAAAACUUUUUGCAAAGUUAGAACCGUAGCAGAAUCCUGUGUUGAACUUUACUACCGUUUGAACAUUUUAUGGAACUCAGGUUAUAGAAACGACAACAAUCCAAAUUUAACAUAAAAUUAAUGCCACUCCUGUGCUUAUGAAAAUAAUAAUAAAUUGAUAUAAAUUUUGUGCCGAUUGAUUUUUGUUUAAUGCCAAUGACUUAGAAAGUACAGUGCAGUGCCUAAGUACGCAACUGUCCUAAAU